AAAAAAAGAAGAAACACACUGGCUAAGUCAGUAUGACUGUAUGAGUAAUGAACUUUGGUUGGUUGUCUCAUUGUCCAUACUCUACAAUAGAUAUGGAGUAGCCACAAAUCAAUCCGCACCAUUUUCUCUGUUUGUGCAAAUAAUAGAUAUGAAGUAGCCACCAUUUCUCUGCUUGUCUUUAGCUUGAUGCAGCACAUGCUAUAUUGUUGUAGUUAAUAGUUUUAAGAAUUCAAUGAAAACCCUUCUCGAAAGCAUUCGGUCCGAACAUCUUGCAUAACACGCUGCAGCUGUGAAGGAUUACUCGUGACCACCGCAUCCACACCUUCCAACAACAUCUUCUGCAUCGCCUCAUCUUCAUCAACAGUCCACGCGUACACCUUCUUUUUCCUCCUGUUCAUUAACUUUCACAAUUUGUUCGUCAAUCAAAGGGUGAUAGACGCCAACCACAUCAGCUCCUCUCAUCCUCAGCAAUUUCAUCCUACUUCCAGUCGUACCAUCUAUCAUUACGAUAUAGCCCACCUUCAAAGCAAACACAAAAGUAAAGUAAACAAACUAGUCCAAUAGCACACCGAAAACAAACUAGCUAGUUUUUGCUUGUAGUUUUAACCAAAGUGCAAAGUAACAUUAUGUCUGGUGAAGUUUCCAUUUGUUUCACAGUUGGCCUAAUUACUAUAAGUUCAUAGCACGAUUAUUAAAGAUAAAUCUGCCAAGAUACAAUCAUGCCACAAAUAAGAAACUGCCAAAAUCCUAAGAGAAAUCAGCAUUGCGCACGCCCUAGGAGAAAAGCACAUGCACUCCGCAUCUCACUCACCCCUGCCCCUGCCAAUGCCCAAUAGGAGACACAAAAGUACAUUUACUAGUGUUUAUCCCUAUUUCCAUCUAUUCCAAAUGACAGAGUGAGAAAGAUAACCUUCCUGCCUUAAACCCACCUAAUGCUUUUCUUCUUCAUUUUCUUAUAUAUUCUUUACUGUACUACUGCCAUGUUGAGGACACUACUACGAAUGGCCAUAGAAGUUCACGCUCCAGAUGAUAUCAAUUUGUGGCUUGAGCAAUAGUGUAACCAAUAUUACCCUUGUAUUUAUGGAUAAUUUAAUCAAAUCCCUCGCUAGGCUGUCACUUUUUGCCCAUACAAGGCAGUUUUUACACUUGGUUUUUUCAACGAUAGAAAGAAUAUCCUUAGCAAGUCCUUUCUCAUACAGCGGUGGCCCAACUUUAGCAUCAAGAAUGACCUGCCGUACAGAACCUGAUACCAACUUUAAUGCAUCUUCGAUGGUUGGAACAUUCACACCAUGCUCCAGUAAAUGAUGAUGACUAGAACCGAGAUCUACAAUCUCUUUCAUACUUAAAUGACCAACUUUAGAAGUACUGUUCCCAGAUAUUCGCUGCAGAUCCCUGCCUGUCAUGUAGAGCAAACAAUACUCCGUCUGAUGAACGAGAAACAUCAAUCUCAAUGCAAUCUACUUGAGAACUUAAAGCAAUAUUAUAUGCAUCCAUCUGUCAGAUGAAAAAAACAGAUAUUUAUAUGCAACUCUUUAACAUCAUUUUCCUCAUUUCUUUUAUCAUCGUAAGUGUUGCCUACGGACAUAUGAACAAAUCAGAGGCCUGCACAAUGAUAUUCUGCAAAUUAUCAACCAACACUAAGUUAUAUUUACGUCUUUAUUUUAUUUUUUUCUUGAAAAGUUGUAAAUGCUAAACCCAGCUAAUCAAUCCCCCUCACACCCACCAAGAAAAGAGCAACUCCACUUGUAUUAUGCUCCAAUUCUCACUUGGUAAUCUUUAGUGAACUACUAGAUUAACCUACAAACCUUUAAAUACAAAAAUUUCAGAAACUAAAUACAGCAUUUAGCUUCUUAAACAGAACAUGCCCUGCAAGAUGAGAUAGACGGUCAACCCAGGGUAGGAAUAUGCAAAACAAGAUUAAGUGAAAUGAAGAUUGCCUACAGUAUUGGGGAAAGCCUUGGUAGAGUCACCCCCAUGAGCACACACUAAAGGAGGACUUCGCAUCCAGCUGCACUUUCGCAAUUAUAAAAACCUGGUUAAAUCGGCGGAGACUGAAAUGGAAGUAAAGAGGGGGAAGGAUUGCAAUAACCGCGAGUGUGAUGAGAAUAUAUCUCAAUAGCUUUCUCCUCGGGAAUAAACUGCCGCGCGGAUGAAGUCGGAUCUGUCGCCGUUGCCGAUCCCAUCGUGAGAUCACCGUCGCCAUUUUCGAGAGAUAAAGAACUGAUUCAGUCUAUGGUCCGCUUGGUCCAAUAGACUAGUAAGUAGGCUAGUGGCUGCCGGUCUUUUCAAGUUCCGAUAUUGCCCCUGUAUCGUGCCACGUCACCGCUCGUGCACCUCACUUGCACAGGAUCAACCUAUUCCCUCCAAAAAGUAGCUCCCCUGAAUAUUAUCUACGAUUCUACAUAAACGCUCUCUGUGAACUCAUUCACUCUCUCUCUCUCGUACACACAUACAUACACACACACAAACACGCACUAAUCGCGGAAGGUAAAACACUCAUUCCGAGCUUAUAGCAUUAAUCUUCAUUUUGCCUUCCGGAUGCUGUUAGUUCUGAGCACGCUUGCAUCUACCUGACGUAUAGGUAACGGUGCCAAUGGAGGAGCUAUUUCAGUACAUGAAGACUUUUCGCUCUCAGAUUAAUGAUGUGGCGGAUCAAGCAGCCAAGAUAUCAGUUGAAGAACAUAUGCAAUGCACCACUAUUCAGACUCUCCAAAAGGACCUCGAUUCAGUGAAGAAUGAGACUAAGAAAGUUAUGGAGGAACAUGAUCAGAUAAACAAAGCAAAAGCACAGAUUUGUUUGCAGCUUUUGGACAAACAGAAGAAGAUUGUCUUGUUGGAAUCUGAUUCUUCCACCCUCAGUCAGACAAUGGAGCUUAUGAGACAAGAAGUGUUGAGCCUUUCAGGAAAACUCGUGGAUCAAAGGACACAUUAUAAGAAGGUGAAUGAGGAUAUCUGUGGACAACUAAAACAGCAACAGGAGUGGGUCAAUGCUCAGAAUUUUGGCUUGGAGACCAGAGAGGGCUCGGUAAACAAGAGAGCGGGUGGAACAAAAGUUGCAUUGAUCUCGAAUAACAAACAAAUCUUUGGCUAUCAUAUAGAGUACGUCGAUAACGUGGAUCAGCGUGAGAUACCGGACUUUGAAGCUGCUCAAGUGAAGUUUGAUAAGAUAGAACAACUAAGAUCAAAUCUUGUUUCGGAGAAUAACAAGCUGAGGCAGUCUCUCGAGGCAGUGAAGAAUAAAAUGACUGAAUUCAAGCCAGAACUGAGGGAUAUGGAUGAGAAGAGCUUGAAAGAGGAACUUCAAGCACUACUAUCUGAUAAAGCUGGAGAAGCUGAGUAUGUGCAAACUCUGCAACACCAGAUCAUGAGACUGAAAGAAAUUUCUCACACAGUUAGGUGCUCUUGUGGAGGGGAGUACAUUGUUAAACUGGAUGUAUAAGCUUGAAAGUUUAUUCUAGGUGCCUUGAUUCUGAGAAACUAAAGAGAAAUCUCGUGAUAUGUUCCCUGUUGCUGUUCUAGUCUUAUGCCUUCAAUUACUUUUGUCGGAUUAGAUUUUAGACUUGUAUGUAUUGAGAAAUGAUUUUCAUCCCUAUGCAUUUACACUGUACAAACUACAGUUUGAUGACCACCACUUCUAAACUCAAUUGGUUUUAGGGGG